AUGGAGAGGGAAUCAUCCCCAAGCAAGAUAGCAGCCCCUCAAGCAGGAGGAGCAGUUGAAGAUAUAAAGGGAGACAACUGGCAGACAGUGGGCAGCUCUCCUGAUGAGGCAGCCUGCAAGCCCAAAACCCACAUUGUUUUCCUGAAGGUACACAAGAGCGCCAGUAGCACUGUUAUGAACAUCCUGUUCCGCUUUGGCGAGACGCGCAACCUCACAUUCGCCUUCCCAUUCGAUGGUGCCAGUCAGCUGUUUUAUCCCCACUACUUCACGGCAGAGUUUGUAGAGGGAUUUGUUGCUGGGCAAGCUUCUCAGUUUAACAUCCUGUGCCAUCACAUGCGGUUCCUGCCGACAGAGGUACAAAGAAUGAUGCCCAGCACCACCUUCUACUUUGCCAUCCUGAGGAAUCCCGUCCAUCUCAUGGAGUCAUCCUUCACCUACUACAAAGGGACUUCUGCCUUCUUCCACGCCAAGAGCCUGGAGGAGUUCCUCCAGCAGCCAUCCAGGUUCUACAAGGCUGGAGAAUCUGACAGCCAAUAUGCUAAGAACCUCAUGACUUUUGACUUCGGCUUCAAUCACAAUGGGGAGGCAUCUGCCAAGCAUGUGCAGCUCAUGCUGCAAGCCAUCAAGACAGCGUUCAACCUUAUCCUGAUCUCAGAGUACUUUGAUGAGUCCAUGGUGCUGCUAAAGGAGGCACUGUGCUGGGACCUGGACAGCAUAGUCUCCUUCCCGCUCAAUAGCAGAGAUGGAAGCACCCGAGCACCCCUUCCAGACUUCACUGUGGAGAAGAUAAAGAACUGGAACAAGCUGGACUGGGAAAUCUACACACAUUUCAACCAAACCUUCUGGGAAAAGAUUGACCGAGACAUAGGCCGGGAACGCAUGGGCCAGGAAGUGAGAGCACUGCAGAAAAGACGGGAGCAGCUGGCGAGGACCUGCCUGCAAGAAGGAGAUAGUGUAGCACCUGAAGAAAUCAAGGACCAGUCCCUGCUGCCGCUACAGUAUGGCCAAGCCAGAAUCCUAGGCUAUAACCUGAAGUCAGGGCUGGACAAGAAGACAGAACAGAUGUGCCGGCGCCUCAUAACUCCUGAGCUUCAGUACAGCAGGUCUCUGUAUAGCAGACAGUUUCCUCAGAAAGCCCUGAAGGGCCACAAACCAGCUCCUCUGCCCAGAAAGCACAACAGGAGGACAGUAUGAGGUAGGCAAAGCUUACGCACCUGCCAAGCCUGAGGCAACAUAAUACCUGCUCCCGGCCCCACCUUGCAAGUUCUCCACACUGGGUAGAACCAGACAGUGAAGCUCAGCACCCAAGAGAU